CCCUGAUUUCAUGUGUUUUAUUCUUUUAUUUGAUUUAGACAUACUUUGGUAGUUGAAUCAUUUUCAUCAUUCACAAACAUUAUUUAUAUAAAAUUCUAUAUGAAUUACAUGUGCUGGUGUUGGAGAUACAAAGAUGGUUCAGAAUAACAGCUUAGAAAAUACAAAAUGAUUCUAAAUGGCUUAUUUUUCGAGAGGUUUAUACGAAUUUGCUGAUGGUUUUGCGUGUUGGAAUUGCUGAUUCUUUUGUUUAUUAGAUAAGACAUAUGAAAGAAAAAAAUAAUGCAUUAAAGAACGAAUUGACGUUAAAAAGAUAUCUCAGUUUGAAUUGUAAGAAGAUCGACGAAUUGUGAAUAAAUCCACAGAAUAAAAUACUCACUCGAGGAUUUCAUUUCUAUUGAUGAUUGCCUUUCCUAUGAAACAGAUCAGUGAUUUGUAUACUCUUAGGAAAUAUCGUUGGCGCAAAUAUUUCAAUCUACACUAGAUAUGCUUUUAUUCCUGCUGAACCUUGCAGCUCAUCUAUAUGGCCAGACGAAAUGAUCAAAGACUUAUAUAAGAUCUAAUAAAGCAAUGAAAAAAACUAAAUCUUACAGUGACAAUCAGAAGGAGUCGAAAUUUUUGGCUAUCAAUGUAGUUUCGCCUUUUGUUUCAAACAGCUUUGAUCAAUUCCAAAACAAUUACAAUUGAAUAAUUGUUGACAAUAAUAAACUCGCAUAUUUUAUGAUAUAUUAUUUGUUGAAAAAGAAUGAGACAGUAAACUAAUACAUUAAGAAAUGCUCAUACUCAAGCACUACUUAUAUUACAAAAAAAUUCGAGCUAGAACCACAAACUUACAAUGUUGAGUACAUUGCAUGAAUAAGAAAAGUUACGUAAAUAUGUGUUUUGUUUCAGCCAGUGACAUGUGAUAAAGUUAUCGAAGGUAGCAGGAGUUACAUUGAUAGGAUGAUCAAUCAUUAUAUUCGAUAUUGUUAUCGGCUUCUCGUUUAGAAGUUGACAUAUAUUUAAGUCAAUAUCAUUAGGAAAACUAACAUAUUCUAAAUGACUAAACGAGUGAUAAAAUCUAUUGAUUUCCUUGUUUAUUGAUUUUUUUUCUAUAAUGUUAUCAAUCGGAAGGUUAUAGAGUAUUUCUAAUCGAUACUGUUCGACAAAUAAAUGAACGUAAUGCUCAAAUGAAACAAAUCCAUGAACAAAUUUUAACAAUUAAUUUAAAAUGUUCAUAUGAAGAAGAUUUUCUAUUACAACCAUUUGAAUUAACAACAUUAUUUUGUGAAUAUUUAGAAAUUAUUUUAUAAUUUGGUUGUAUAACUUUUUUUUGUUUAUCAUUUCCAUUAGCACCGUUAUUUGCUUUAAUUAAUAAUAUAUUUGAAAUACGUAUUGAUGCACUUAAAGUAGUUAAAGAAUUUCGUCGACCUGUAUCACGUCGUGCUAUGGGUAUUGGUAUAUGGAAUUCAAUAUUAAAUAUAAUGGCUAAAGUAACUGUUUUAUUUAAUGCAUUUAUUAUAGCAAUUACAUCAGAAUAUAUUCCUCGACAAGUUUAUUAUUGGACGAUUGGAAAUUAUUCAUUAAAUGGAUUUCUUAAUCAUACAUUGGGACCAUUUCAUUCAAAUGAUUUUCCAAGAGUUAUUAAUCGUACAUUAUUAGAAUGUCAAUUUAUUGAAUCACGUUUAAUGGAUUUAUUAAAACAAUCAACAUUUUUUCUUCCAUUUGCUCAAUCCUAUUCAGUAUUAUAUUUUGAUUGUAAUUCAACAUUAGCAAAUGAAAUACGUUCACAAAUUGAUUUUUCUACUUAUUAUUAUAAAGAUUAUCGACUAGUAAAUAUUAAUAAAAUACUUCAUAUUUAUUUCAAUAUGAUUUCACAUAGGAUCAUACACAUAAUUAUGGACGUUCAUAUAUGUUUUAUUAUGUAAUGGUAGCAUGAUUAGCAUUUGUUAUUAUUUUUGAAGUAAAAUUUUUAUUUAAACUUAGAACAUCUCUCGAUAAUUGCUUUUCUUUAGGAUUUGUUAUAGCGGAGAGAGAGCAAUUUUCCUAAGAGGGCCCAAGACUUAUGGAUCACCCUUUACCUACAUUAACUAAAAUUGAUUAAAAUCUCAAUCGAACAAAUUUAAUUAAAUAUUUAACGGGUGCGCCAGGUGAAAUGGACCUCUCAAUGUUUUAUCUGUAACUCUUUUUUCUCUUCAAUUGAAAUGCAUGAUUUUUUUAAUGAAAAGAUGCGCCGUGAAAUUCUCUACAAAGUGGCCUAUUUCACUCUGACUAAAUAACUUUCAUUAUAUUUUAAAAUAAAAUGAAUUCGCUUGAUAAAAUGAUGAGUACUUUCAAAAAAUGACGAUUUUUAGCUUUUUUCUAAUAUCGUCUCAUUUGUCGUUUCUAAGUGUUUUUUGUUGUUAUUUUGUUUUAUUCG